AUGGACCAGACAGUUUAUGGAUUGGUAUCCAAGAGAGGACGCGAGGAAGAGAGGAAAGACUGGGAAAAGGUGAUGAAGAAGACCUGUGGGGAAGCAUCCUGGAAGAGAGUAGCAUUAGAGAGGAAAGAGAGGAAACGGAUGGAAAGGAUUCAGUUACCCGCGGAACGAAUUCAUUUGGUCCCGUAUGGAAGUGCUGAUCUUAUCGGCGAACCUCAUUGGAGGGUGGCAAUAAAUAUUUGGCCAGCGCAGGGGAUCCAUCACCCGAUCCCCCAAAAAGGGCAAUCCGUUUUGGGCAGGGGCAGGCGCUAA